AUGGCGUAUCCGAUGGCAUUCCCACCUACGGCGGUCCGUCCUCUGCCAGGCGGGACCACCAUGAUCUCGGCACAGCCACCAGCCCCAUCCGCCACCGUCAUGACCACCGAGUCCUUCGAUGCUCCCGAAGGCAUGUACGUCUGCACUUCUCGGUUCACACCACCACCACAGCCCAUGAUCCAUCUCAACCCGGUGCCAACCACGCAGCUCGGGUUGUCCGCCAUCUACCCGACACCCCGCGUCUCCACCGUCAGUCUGCGCUAUCCAGUUUCUUCCAAAAAGGCGUCGGAUGCCAACACCACCGAUUCAGCCUCGAGUUCAGCCCAUAAUGUGCUUCUCGAGGCGCCGCUGGCUUCCCAAGGUCUCGAUGCCCCUUCUUCCAGUCUCACGGGAGGCUUGCCUCCAGGCAGCGCAGGUCCCUUGGCGGGCAUUGCCGGCAUUGGUGGCCCUGGCAUGGGCUUUUCUGGUCUCGGCGACACCAUGGGCAAGCUCAGUGCCAAACCCACUCGUCCCAAGAACAGCCUCAAAAACACAUCGAGCAACUUUGUCAAUCGUAUGAUGACCCACCCAGACCUCGCAAAGAUACUCAGCGCUCGCACCGACUCGGAGCAUUUCACUUUCCUCACAAACGCACGCUCCUUCUUUUGGCUCGCCGAUACCAACGGCAGAACAAAGGAAAGUCUGGCUCGUAUCACUUUCAGCGCUUCUCCCUCGGCGCACGACGUCAAUCAGUUCACUCGCGCCCACGACCGACUCGACAUCGUCAUUGGCUUUGUCACGGGUGACUUGAUUUGGCUCGAUCCCAUUGCCUCCAAGUACACGCGUAUCAACAAAGGUGGCUGCAUCACUAGUUCGGCUGUGACCCAGGUGCGGUGGCUGCCGGGAAGCGAGAACUUGAUUAUGGCUGCACAUGCAGAUGGUAGCGUCCUUAUCUACGACCGCGAGCGCGAGGACUCGAGCGACUUUGCCCCCGCGGUGUGGGAAGCCUUUGCUGGGAGCACUCCUUCGUCAUCUAGUGCCGCCCUUCAGUCGGCUACGGGGAUGCCUGGUACACCUUCCUCGGCUGCCAUGUCGGCGAGCCAGACCUCGGCGUCCAAUGCUUCUUCUCACUCGAACUCUGCACCUGCAGCAACAAACAGCAUGGCACUAGCUUCAGGCAUCACCGAGUCGCGGCCCAUGCUCGGUACGCGAACCGUCACCAGCUCCACCGCCACCACCACAGCACAGGCUGAAAUUGGCGAUACGAAUCUCUCUUCCAGCUCCGGCAGCGCUUCGCAUCUUCCCGCCAAACCCAGAAACAGCGUGGCGCCUGGUACACUCUCUCAGCGCCGUCAAGCUGCCGACUCUGACUCGGAUGCCCAGCCACUGCUGCUCGUCACCAAACCAGGAAGUGUUCCCAUUACCUCUGGCCUUCCCUCCGGAGCGUCGUUGCAUUCGCGCGAGUAUCAGCAGGCCGCUGCAGCUGCCGCUGUCGCGGCUGCUAAUGCAAACUCCAACGGCAACGGCCUCUCGGGCAAGGGCAAGGAGACGUCGUGGUCGCGGCUCAACCCGGUCUCGCACUGGGCCGUGUCCAAGACGCGCAUCACCGACUUUGCCUUUUCGCCCGACUACUCACAUGCAGCGAUUGUGGCGGAAGACGGAAUUCUGCGCAUAGCGGAUGUCAAUUCGGAGCGGCUGCUGGACACGUUCGAAUCGUACUUUGGAGGCUUCAACUGCGUCGUCUGGUCUCCGGAUGGCAAGUUUGUGCUCACGGGAGGCGAGGACGAUCUGGUGACUGUCUGGGCACCGCGCGAGGGCAGGAUUGUGGCGAGGUGUCAGGGUCACACGUCGUUUGUCACGGGGCUGGCGUGGGAUCCUUGGCGGUGGUCAUCGGACGAUCGUACUUAUCGGUUCGCGUCGGUGGGGGAGGACUGUAAGAUGAUUCUGUGGGACUUUUCGAGUGCGGCGUUGAACCGGCCAAAGACGUACGCGCCGCAUUGUGCCGGGCCGAGACGAAGCUCGGUGGGGCUGGGAUCGACGUAUUCGCUCGUGGACAAGCACGGGACUGCUUCGCUCGCGCGUUCACCCGGGUCGGUGCUCAACGCCCGGCGCAUCAGCACCUCCGCCCUCGGGAGCGGAUACGAUCGUGCCUCGAUCACAGACGACACGAUCCGACACCCUGCACUCCCGCGUUCGGAGGUGGCGAUCCUGCAACCUGUGGUGACCGUCGAAGUCGACGGAGAGAUUCCAACGGGCCUCCGCUUUGGUCCAGAUAAAGUCGUGGUCGUUCGCAAGAAUGCCGCGAUCGACACAUUCACCCGGCCGUUGCCAACACGUCUGCCGGCGAGCAUUGUAGCGUCGACCUCGGCGACCACGGAUCGGAGUGACUGGCCGGCGGGGGCUCGCACCACCCGAGCACCGCUGAGAACCUCGCGCGCUCCUCCGCCGCUCAACCUCAACAAUCUGAAGGCUCACGCUCAGACUCCGUCGGCGACCACACCGACUACGCCCCGCGUUGCGGUCCACAGUGGUACGGCGACAGGCGGCAAGCCGGGCAUUGCAGCAUAG